GCCGGCGGGGCUAUUUGCCCUGCAAACUAGUGAGGCGCUUCCCGCCGCCGGGCUGCAGAGGAGCUGUGCAGCUUCGCGGAGCGCCUCGGGCCGGCUUUUCCAGAGAAAGGCGGCAUUUCUCCGGUCCCGAGGAGGGGGAUGCGACAGCUCCACAGGUGACUACUGGCUCUCAGCUUUCGCUCAUGUCAUCUGGCAUGAACAAAAUGCUUCCUGCAGUCCCAGCCACAGCUGUCCAGCUUUCCUGUCAUGGCUGUAAAAUGGUUCUUCAGGAGGGGCAGACUGCUUAUCAGAAGAAAGGUUCUGCUGAGCUUUUCUGCUCCACACUGUGCAUCAGGAAAUACACGUCAUCUGCCAUCUCCCCAGCUCCUGUCAAGAGGAUGUGCUUCAACUGCUCAAGAGACAUUUUAGAUCUGAAGGAUAUGAAGAAUGUCCAGUUGGAGGACAGUAACUGUAACGAAAACUUUUGUAGCCAAUCUUGCCUUUCAUCAUAUGAAGAAAAAAGAAAGUCAUUUAUUACCAUAUGUACUGAUAGCACUUUUCGUAAGUGCAGCGUGUGUCAGAAGACAUCUACCAAACCACCCAGACUACUUAGAUCUUUUCCUUGCCAAACCCUGAAACUCUCAGAUGAGAUGAUUGUGAUUACUAAUGACUUGGGGAACGUAGAGGUUUUCUGCUCUGUUUGUUUUUCUUCAUACAACAGUGCUGUGAUGGAAUCUUCGACAGUAAAUGUUUCCACACUACACAGUGCUUCAAAAGAGAAUCUUUCUCCAAGGGAAUAUCCAAUUCCAGUUAUAAGCAAUAUAAUGUCAUUAGUAAAUGAUCAUGUUGACCUGCUCAUGAACACUGAUCUCUUACAAGGUUCACGUUCUUCUGUACCUAAAGAUGACAUUGUAGAUAACUCACCCAGCGAACCCGGUAGUGGUGUUGGGGACCAUGUGGAACAGCCAAGCCUUCUCCCGUCUCCGUCGGUGCCCUUGGAGGACACAGCUGGUCCCAGUGUGGAAGCACAGAGCAGCGGUGUGUCCCACCAGCCACACAGCAUGGAAUCUGUGAAAGUAAAUGACAGACCACGUCGUACAAAGUCUAAAUCCAUAGUGCAAAAAGUUAAGAAAGAACCAAAAAACAGUAGAAAACCUUGGCGCUCAGCUUUUCCGCAUUUGAACACCAGUCCUAAGAACGACGUUGCAUUCUGCUAUUCUUGCCACUUUUUCUACCAGAAAAAUUUUAGCUGCUGGAGGGAAUCAUUUGCAGCCCAAGGAACUGCUAACUGGGAGAAAAUGCUAGAAAAAUUCAAGAAGCAUGAAGAAAGUGAAGUGCAUUUAAAGUCUCUGCAGUUCUGGAGACAGUACCAGUUUCUGGAUGAAGUUCCACAUGGUGCUUCGUCUGUUUAUUCAGAACAUGUUGAAGGAAAUAGGAAGUACCUAAAGCUCAUCAUUGAAAACAUCUUAUUUCUUGGAAAACAGUGUUUGCUCCUAAAAGGAAAUGAUCAGUCUAUUUCAUCUGUUAAUAAAGGCAAUUUUUUGGAAUUAUUAGAAAUUAGAGCAAGAGAUAAAGGAGGAGAAAUGUUUCGGCUUAUGAGUUCACAUGUUGACUUCUAUUGUAGUACACAAGUCCAGGAGGAGAUUAUUGAAGUAAUAAAGGCUGAAAUUUUGGAAGAAAUUGUGAGUGAGAUCAAUAUCUCCUCAGCUUUUUCAAUAAUAUGUGAGGAGACAACUGAUAGUGCCACUAAAGGACAACUUGCAGUGUGUGUGAGGUACCCACAAAAAUCCUCAAGUGCUGUCCUCGUUAAAGAGAGGUUCCUGGGGUUUGUUACUGCUGAGGCGCCGACUGCAGCCCAUGUCCACAGACACAUCAGAGCUUACUUGCAGCAGGUCGGAGUUGAUUUUACUAAGCUGUGUGGUCAAGCCUAUGAUAGUGCCACGGAUUUGAGGGCCAAGUUUAAUGAAGUUGUAACAGAAUUUAAGAAGGAAGAGCCAAGAGCUUUAUAUGUACAUUGCCACGCACACUUCUUUGAAUUAGCAGUCAUUCGUUUUUGUAAAGAAGUAAAAGAACUCCGAAGUACCCUAAAUGCUCUCAGUUCUUUGCUCAACACGAUUCGUGUGUCGGGAGAAAUGCUGGCAAUUUUGCAAACCAGAUGUCAGCUAAGUCAGAAUAAAACCUGUAAAAAACACACGUCACAGUCGUGCUGGACAGCCCACGAGCACUUGUUACUGUCUGUGAUGGAGUGUCUUCCAGAGAUCGUCGAGACACUGCACUGGGUGUCUUGCCGUUACUCAGGCACAGCUAUGGCUGACGAACUCAGUGAUUUGCUGGCGGUGGUUACCAAGUUUGAAUUUAUAUUUUGUCUGAGAUUUCUUUAUCGAGUACUCAGUAUUACGGGAAUUCUUUCUAGAGAGUUUCAAAGUGAAACUGUAGACAUCUUUUCUUUGUUUUCAAAAAUAGAAGCAAUUUUGAAAUGUUUGUCUUCUGAAAGGAAUGACAAGUAUUUCAAGUCUAUCUGGGAUGGAGCAGAUGAAAUAUGUAAAGAAAUAACCAGUAAGGGUUUUGAAGUUGAAAAACCCUCUUUUCAAAAAAGAAGAAGAAUUCAGAAAAUAGUAGAUCCUGGCAACUCAGAGUGCAUGUUUUUUCCUACUUCAGCAGAUGAACAAUAUAAAGUUAAGAUUUAUUACCAAGGUUUGGAUACUGUAUUAAAAAAUUUAAAGUUAUGUUUUUCAGAAUUUGACUACUGUAAAAUGAAACAAAUUUCGGAGCUGUUAUUUAAAUGGAAUGAACCAUUAAAUGAAGCAGCAGCGAAACAGAUUCAAGAAUUUUAUAAGCUCGAUGCGGACAUUAUCCCCGAACUUAGAUUUUACCGGCAGUAUGCAAAUCUCAACUUCCUCACAGAUUAUGGUUCCUUAAGCUUCCUUGACCUUGGCUGUUUAUUUAGUCAGCAUGGUCUCCACAAUAACAUUCCAGGUAUCUCGAAGCUGUUGCAUGUUGCUUUAUCUUGGCCAAUUACUUCAACAAACAACGAAAAGUCUUUUUCCACACUGCCUCAUCUUAAAACAUACUUACUUCGCACAAUGGGACAAGAGAAACUCACUGGCCUGGCUCUGAUGGCUGUUGAACAAGAACUGGUAAAUAAAUUGAUGGAGCCUGAAAGACUUAGUGGGAUUGUGGAAAAGUUUAUUAGUCAAAUGAAAGCUACGUGAGACUUACAAGCUUAGCUGGGCGGAGGCGCAUGCCUUUAAUCCCAGCACUCGGGAGGCAGAGCCAGGCGGAUCUCUGUGAGUUCGAGGCCAGCCUGCUCUA